GUAAACAACUUGGAAGCUUAAAAAUCUCAAACGGUUUUAGCAAGUUCUUUCCCAAUGUUACUGCACAAGGUGAUGCAUAUAGAUUGCAGCGUCAUGCCUAGUUUAUUCCUACUCGGAUUAUUAGAAUAAUUUGAGUUUUUGCUCRAUGGAAUUUGCAAAAAUUUAAAAUGCAAGCAAAGUGAGAACACUUGCAUGAUCUAAACGACAGCAAUGGGCUCGAUAUUAUCAACACCAAGACAAAACACGAACUCMAGGAAACGAGCAUUUGAAGAAGUGCAAAAAAGUGACUCCGAAGACACUGAAAGUGUGGUAGAAAUUCCGAAAAGAAAAAAGCUUAGAGGAACUUCAGGUUACAUUUACCAGACAUUAUUCGUUGGYGGUGAAGGAAGUGACGUGACUAUUUCUGCAUUAGGAAAAGAAUGGAAAGUCCACAAGGUCUACCUCAGACAGUCCAAAUACUUUCAAAGUAUGUUUAGUGGUCAAUGGAAGGAAUCCCAAGAUGAUUUCAUUAGUAUUCAAGUUGCAGAUGAAUUUAUAACAGCUGAAGCCUUGAACACUGCUUUAGGAUCUUUGUACAGCGAUGACAUCACAGUAUCAACAAAAACUGUCAUUCCUCUGCUAGCGGCGGCUUGUCUACUUCAACUGGAUAAUUUGGUAGCACAUUGUUCACAGUUGAUGAAAGAAACCAUCAACAGUCGGACAGUGUGUCAGUACUACACAGCAGCAAAAAGAUAUGGAGAGACUGUAUACAUGGAGCAGUGGAAAAAAGUCAUGUUCAUCUAUCAGAAUCUAGACCAUGGACCAACAGAAGAUAUCACCUUAGAAGAAUUUAACUUAUGUGCUCAGAGAUAUGGACGAAUAUUAGAAAAAAGUACCAGGUACUGCUGGCGGUGGACUGGAUUUCUUUAUGGACUGGACAUUAUAGUAAUGUACAACAAUAGAACCAGGCAACUGAGUUUCCGACGUAACACAUACUUGCAUCCUAGCCAUGGAAUAGUCUGCAUUCAACAGAAACACAGCUUUAUGGUCAAAGUUGACAUUGCAGCRUUUAAUAGCGAAGGCCAUGAAAAGUUUUAUAAAACAUCAGGACUUAAACAUUUGACACUUGGACUUGACGAGGAAGUUCGUAUUCUUCAGGUCGAUAAACAAAUGACAUACCCUAUUUAUGUCAGUGCACAUAUCGCCAUGGUAACACCAUCAUUGUACAAGAGCAAKUGAUGGUUUGUUUGUGCAUACAUCACMAUGGAAACACUGCAUCAGAUGUCAGUUAUUUAUUAAUUCCCAUAGCAACAGUGAUAUUGAUGAUAAUUAUUUGUUUAUGUUUAUUUUGUUCAGUUACAAUGCCUUUUGCAUUUUCACUAAUCAUUGCUUAGUGUGUUUAUUACCUUAGUAUGAAAAUAUAAUGAGACAGUACCACAAAUAGACAACAUUAUUUAURAUAAAAUCUUUACAUUUUACAAGGGAAUGUGUGAAUUUAUUAAUAAAACUAUUCAAUAUUCUA